AUUGCUUCACCGCCAUAGGUUUCUCGUGACCGAGUCCUCCUCAUCCUCUUGUAUAAAUCAAACCCUAAACACCUCUUCUCCUUCACAAAUCGAAAACCAAUUCUUCUCAAUUCUCAAUUCUCAAUUCUCAAUUCUCUCUCUCUCGCGAAUUACGAUCAAGAUGCAGAUCUUCGUUAAGACUCUCACCGGAAAGACAAUCACCCUUGAGGUGGAAAGCUCAGACACCAUCGACAACGUUAAAGCCAAGAUCCAGGACAAGGAGGGCAUUCCCCCGGAUCAGCAGAGGCUUAUCUUCGCCGGAAAGCAGCUCGAGGACGGCAGAACCUUGGCUGACUACAAUAUCCAGAAGGAGUCGACACUUCACCUCGUCCUCAGGCUCCGUGGUGGUAUGCAGAUCUUCGUUAAGACCUUGACGGGAAAAACUAUUACCCUAGAGGUGGAGAGCUCCGACACCAUUGACAACGUGAAAGCAAAGAUCCAGGACAAGGAGGGGAUCCCACCGGACCAGCAGAGGUUGAUCUUUGCCGGCAAGCAGCUUGAAGACGGCAGAACUCUCGCUGACUACAACAUCCAGAAGGAGUCGACCCUCCACUUGGUUCUCAGGCUCCGUGGUGGUAUGCAGAUCUUUGUCAAGACGUUGACCGGAAAGACCAUCACUUUGGAGGUGGAGAGCUCCGACACCAUUGACAACGUUAAAGCUAAGAUCCAAGAUAAGGAGGGGAUCCCACCGGACCAGCAGAGAUUGAUCUUUGCCGGCAAGCAGUUGGAAGAUGGUCGCACUUUGGCUGACUACAACAUCCAGAAGGAGUCUACGCUCCACUUGGUCUUGCGUCUACGUGGAGGUAUGCAGAUCUUCGUUAAGACACUGACCGGGAAGACCAUCACUCUGGAGGUGGAGAGUUCCGACACCAUUGACAACGUGAAGGCUAAGAUCCAAGACAAGGAGGGAAUCCCACCGGACCAGCAGCGUCUCAUCUUCGCUGGAAAGCAGCUCGAGGAUGGUCGCACUUUGGCAGAUUACAACAUUCAAAAAGAGUCGACUCUUCAUUUGGUGUUGCGUCUACGUGGAGGUAUGCAGAUCUUUGUCAAGACACUAACCGGAAAGACAAUCACCCUCGAAGUUGAGAGCUCCGACACCAUUGAUAAUGUCAAAGCUAAGAUCCAAGACAAGGAGGGUAUCCCUCCAGACCAGCAGAGGUUGAUCUUUGCCGGAAAGCAGCUCGAGGACGGCAGGACUCUCGCUGACUACAAUAUCCAAAAGGAGUCUACACUUCACUUGGUGUUGCGUCUGCGUGGAGGCAUGCAGAUCUUUGUCAAGACCUUGACUGGUAAGACCAUCACACUGGAGGUGGAGAGCUCGGACACCAUUGAUAACGUGAAAGCCAAGAUCCAAGACAAGGAAGGGAUCCCUCCAGAUCAGCAGCGUCUCAUCUUCGCUGGAAAGCAGCUUGAGGAUGGUCGCACCCUAGCCGACUACAACAUCCAGAAGGAGUCGACCCUUCACUUGGUGUUGCGUCUCCGUGGUGGUUUUUAAGUCUCUCGUCCUUUGUCUUAUCAAAAAUCAACAAUGUCUGCUUUUUAGUCUCGUUUUCUUUAAAACUUAUCAUGGUUUGUGUGUUUGAGGCAUUAUAAGCCUCUUUUGAAUAAUCGUUGAACUCUGUUUCUCUC